AUGGUAUCUGGCAAACGGGACAAUAAGGGAACCAAACCGAAAAAACAAUGUUGGAAGGACCCGCAACGACAAAAAUGGUUUGGCUUGGGUUUGAUAGUUUUGGUGUUUUUGCUUGGAAUUGCAGCCAUUACAUACUUUACAUACGGUCCGCAAGAGGAAUACCAAGACAUUAGCUGGAAUGAAUUAACGAAUUUGACGGUCGAAGGGAAUAUUUCAUGUUUGGAAGUUAUUGACCGCAAUUGGAUUCGUGUUGUGAUGUUACCUGAAAAAAACACAACAAACAAAACCGUGCGCUUCAAAAUCGGUAGCGUGGAUUCGCUAGAGAGAACUCUCGAGAACAUACAACAUGACUAUAACAUUGAUCGAAAAAAUUAUGUCGAUAUCAUUUAUAAAGAAGAAAAAGAGGAUGUUUUUGUCCUAUUGGUUUUACCAAUAUGUAUGCUAUUUUUUAUGUUAAUCGUGACGUUUAUCGUUGAUAUGAAAGAAAAACACUGCGAAUAUGACAAAUAUGACAAAUAUAGGAAAUCAAUCGCUAAACUUAUUGAUUCAAACGAAAUUACAGCUCGUUUCAAAGAUGUCGGUGGGUGUGAGGAAGCCAAAAUCGAAAUUAUGGAGUUUGUCAAUUUUUUAAAAAAUCCAAAGAAAUACAUCGAAUUAGGAGCUAAAACUCCAAAAGGAGCCAUAUUGACUGGCCCACCAGGUACCGGUAAAACAUUAUUAGCUAAAGCAACCGCUGGAGAGGCCGAUGCGUCGUUCAUUUCAGUGUCUGGCUCGGAAUUCACGGAAAUGUUUGUCGGUGUGGGUCCAUCGCGUAUUCGUGACAUGUUCAAAAUGGCACGAGAGAAUUCACCAUGCAUUUUGUUCAUUGAUGAAAUUGAUGCUUUAGGUCGAGUACGUGAAUCGGAGUAUUACGGUAACUCGGACUCGGAAGACGAGAGAACGUUAAAUCAGCUCUUGGUCGAAAUGGAUGGUUUCAACACAACAGAAAAUGUGAUUGUAUUUGCUGCUACGAAUCGAAUAGAUAUUUUGGACGAGGCUUUGUUACGCAAAGGUCGUUUCGAUCGGCAAAUCGAUGUGUCAGCUCCCGAUAUUAAAGGACGUGCAAGUAUAUUCAAAGUGCAUUUGAACCCAUCGAAAACAACGCUAGACAAGCAGGUGUUAUCUAGAAAGAUGGCAGCGCUUACGCCAGGUUUUACCGGUGCAGACAUAGCGAAUGUUUGUAAUGAAGCCGCAUUGAUUGCGGCCCGUAAUGCAAGCGAAUCAAUUGAGAUGAAGCAUUUCGAGCAAGCAAUCGAACGUUGCAUCGGCGGUAUGGAGAAGAAAACAAAUGUGUUGACGCUGGAUGAAAAGCGAACGGUUGCCUAUCAUGAAGCUAGACAUACAGUUGCCGGUUGGUUUUUGGAAUUUGCCAAUCCAUUGCUCAAAGUGUCGAUUGUUCCACGUGGUAAGGGUCUUGGCUAUGCACAAUACUUGCCAAAGGAUCCGUAUCUGUUGUCAAAAGAGCAAUUAUUUGAUCAAAUGUGUAUGCUACUGGGUGGGCGAACUGCCGAGGAGAUUUUCUUCGGCCGAAUCACAACCGGUGCACAAGAUGAUUUAGAAAAGGUCACACAAAGUGCCUAUGCUCAAAUUGUCAUUUAUGGUAUGAAUGAAAAAGUGGGCAAUGUUAGUUUCGAUAUGAAAAAACGUUCGGUCAAACCAUAUUCCGAACAAACAGCCCAAUUAAUCGAUGAAGAGGUUCGAAAACUCAUCGAUUCAGCAUACAAACGAACGAAAGAUUUAAUCGUCAAACAUAAAACCGAUUUAGAAAAAGUAGCCGAAAGUUUGCUCGAAAAUGAAGUGCUAAAACGUGAUGAUCUGAUUGAAUUACUCGGACCACGUCCAUUCAAAGAGAAGUCUACAUAUGAAGAAUUCGUCGAAGGUACUGGAUCAUUUGAAGAAGACACCACAUUGCCAGUGGGUCUUUUGGACAUGAAUCAAAAUACGAAUGCAGAUGUGAAGCCAACAAAACUUGUUGAAAAAUCAAACAAAGGAGUCGAAUGA